AUGACCAUAACUACGACCAACCCCUCGUACUUGGACCGCUGCACCCAAAAGCGGGCAGUUCAAUACGCUCUGAUUCCUUCCGAGUGGCGCAUAGAUCCGAUCCCCUCAGUUGAAUCGGAACCAAAUGCGCUUCCCCUUCUCCGCACUCUUCUCGCCCCUCAAGAGCUUUCCUUGACUGAGGAGACAGAUAUUGGCGUGCUACUGCGGCAACUUUCAUCCGGCGAACUCUCUUCCGUAGAGCUAACGCGUGCAUUUGCCAAGCGCGCAGCUCUUGCGCAUCAACUAACAACAUGCUGCACAGAAAUCUUCUUUGAAGAGGCUUUCGCCGCAGCGAGAGAGCUAGACAGCCAUCUGGCCACAACGGGUACCACGGUCGGUCCCUUGCACGGACUGCCUGUAUCUAUCAAGGAUCUGUUUUCCGUGAAAGGAGUAGACACUUCUAUCGGCUGGGUCGGCCUCACCAACAACCCAGAGCAAGCGGACAAAUCCGUCGCUCGAACACUUCGCCGCCUGGGCGCUGUACUCUAUGUGAAGACCAAUCUACCACAGUCAAUGAUGAUGUCUGACUCUUACAACCACGUCUUCGGACAAUGUGUCAACCCAUUUAAUCGAGCAUUGAUAUCCGGUGGUAGUUCUGGUGGAGAGGGGACACUCGUUGCUGCUCGUGGGAGUGUACUUGGAAUCGGGACGGAUCUGGGUGGAUCUAUUCGUAUCCCAGCUGCCUUGUGUGGGCUUUAUGGAUUGUCGCCGAGCCCUGGCAGACAUCCGUAUGAGCGGGGAAAGUAA